UAAAGUAUGUUGAAGUUGAACAUGUAACUUGAACACUCAAAAUUAAAUCGAUACUUAUCGAUGCACUUCAAUUUCUUCUUAGAAAAUCUUGAUUCAUUUGUCCGUGGUCCGUGUUUUAGAUAUCAUUAACUUUGAUAAUAUUAUCUAGAAUGAAAUAAUUAAUGAUAAAUUGAUAACGUUCGUCGUUCCACUAUUUCACGAGUUUGAUAGAUACGCGCCAUGCUGCAUCGUUGCUCGUUGCCCGUUGGUGCUGUUGUGGUAUUAUAAAUUAUAAUGUUAUAGAUAAUUACAAUUUUAGAUAUAAUUAACACUCAUCCAAUAAAUCAUGAUGGAUGACUCUGAGAAUGUCAAUAGCGAAGCAAGCGAUAGCCUCAAAAUGGCAAAUCCAGCAUGGGCUGAUGCUAUGAGUAAAAUUUUAAAAACAAAAAAACGAAAAGGAAAACCAUUAGUAUUGUCCAAGGCAAAGAUCAUUUCAGAAGCCGACCUUCAUAAAAUAAAACAAGAAAAAGAGGAUGUAGAUGAAUCGUUUGAAGUUGUUGAUAAAAGUGGACAUAAAGUUGUAAUACCAGUUAAUAUUGAAGAAAUUAAAGAUGAAAAACCUGACUUGGAACAUUUAGAACCAAAAAUACCAAAUCGAAUUCGAAUAAGAGAGCAAGUAUUAAUGGGAAGACAAAAACCUUCAGUUAGUGACAGAGUUAAAGAAAAAAAUUUAUCAAAAAUUGCUACAAAGGGUGUUGUACAAUUAUUCAAUUUAGUUAAGCAGCAACAAAGAACUGUUGAGAAGAAAUUAAAGAAUGUAGGACCAUCAAUUUUAAAACAAGAUAAAGUUUUGGAAUCCCUAGAUAAAAAAUCAUUUAUUGAUUCUAUCGAUCAUAGAAAAGAAAAUGAUGAAAGUGGUUGGGACGUUCUUCGAGAUGAUUUUAUGGGCGGAACUAAAAUUAAAGAUUGGGAUAAACAAAUUGAAAAUGAUAGUGAAGAUGAUGGCAUUAAUGUUUAAAUUUAAAUUUAAGUUUUUUUUUUAUUUUAAA